AUGCCGAUGAUACUAGAGCUCAUCAUCGAUGUUUGUAACUGGUGGAAUGGCGUCAACAAAAUAAAGGCAAAUCUAAAGCAAAAGAGUCCAGAUGCAAUUAAGCUUGGCGUCUUGUCGGCCGCUGGAAUCAACUUCCCUGCAAUUUUUGAUCCGGUACAGACUCAUCCAGGUGUCGUCAUUACCGCCAUUGCCGCGAGAUCGAAAGCAAAAGCAGAAGCGCAAGUCGCUAAAUACAAACUAGACGCAGCUAAAGUAUAUGAUUCCUAUGAAGAGGUUCUCCAGGAUCCUGAUAUCGAGGCUGUCUACAUUCCUCUUCCCAAUGGCCUACAUCAUAAGUGGGCAAUAAAUGCCAUGAGAGCGGGCAAACAUGUGCUGAUCGAAAAGCCUAUUACUUCUAACGCCGAUGAAGCCAAAGAGAUCCGGGAUUGCGCCAACGAGACUGGCAAAAUUGCUCUUGAGGCUUACCACUGGAGAUUUCACCCUGCGGCCCAUCGGGUUAAAGAAAUCGUCGAAAGCGGGAAAUAUGGCCACCUCACGUCUGUCUUUUCAAAAAUGGUUUUACCCCCUGGAACUCUAAGCUCUGACGACAUCCGAUUCAAGUACGAACUAGGAGGCGGAGCUUCCAUGGAUCUCUGCUAUGUCCUUUCUUCAUCUUUGUACUGGGCCGCCGCUCCCAACGAUGUAAAAGGGACCAGCUUUGAAGUCUUAUCAACGAAGCCUCAGCUCAGCAAACGCGACAAACGAGUUGAUGAAAACAUGGACGCAACCAUCACAAUUACUAACGCCGACAGUGCCAGGUCACCGGUCAAAUGCACCACUGUCUGUCAAUUGGCAACGCCCAAGUACUUGGGCUUCAUACCACAGAUGUGGGGUCUGACACCAUUGGCAGUGCUGGAACUAGAACAGGCCAAGAUUGAGUUUACUUCCUUCAGUACGCCAUUUAUUGGGCAUAAGAUUAUCGUUACGGAGAAGAGCGGCAAGAAAACAACUGAGACCUGCUACACUGGUGGGCCUAUAUGGGGCGAGAGGGGCCAAUCUUGGUGGACAACGUACAGAUAUCAACUCGAAGGUUUUGUUGAUCGUAUCAAAGCUACCAAAAACCAAGAGAAAUAUAAUGGACCCUGGGUUGAUUUGGAUGAAAGCGUUAAGCUUAUGGAGAUUGUGGAUGCUGUCUAUGAGAAGUCCGGGAUGCCAAAACGUGGGGCAAAAUGA